AUGUGGCCCGAUGAUUGGCAGAUUGAUCACGACACCUUAAUUGAUGCUGGAGGAUAUAUGCAGAAGUUGAAAAUGUAUCCGUAUUUCGAUAUUGCGCAUUAUCUGUUGGUGAGUGCGUUUUGGGGCGGAAAAUUGGGAUUUUUUGAAGAAAAUGUGGCUUUUGGAGAUAGAAAUGUUAUGGAAAAAUGGAGUCCAGGAGCAAAACAUCGCGAAAAAUCGCCUAUUGGAGCUAAUUUUCAUGAAAAUUUUAGUCGAGAUGUUAAAAAUCGCAAAUUUCCAUGUUUUUUGUGAAUUUCCAAGUCCCGAUAGGAAAAAUCGUGAUUUCACAGGAUUUCAGGGUAGUUUUCAAUGAAAAUUCGAGCCCUCAAUCUAAAAAUAUUCAAAUUUCGCGCUGAAAACCAGAUUUCGAAGGGAAUUCAGCUUCAAAACUAGAAAUCUAGCAAUUUUCAGCUGUAGAACUCGAAUUUUGAUUGAAAAUUACUGUGAAAUCACAAUUUUCCGCUCCAAGGUUCAAAAUCUCAUCGAAAAACAUUAAAAUUUGCCAUUUUGACUCAAAAUUUCAUGAAAAAAAACGGAAAAUGACUGAAAUUUUCUACAGUUUCAACUAAAAACUUCAGAAAUUCCCACAGAAUCCUAAAAUUCCUCCCCUAACCUUCGGAUUUUCCAGACAUGCAUCUCAGUGCGUCAAGAUCUCGGCACAACCAGUCUCACCUUCUCCCGAAAGCACCCAUUCUCCUGUUGGCUUUCAGCAAUGCUCAUGUCAUUUGCCGGCUCAUUUCUAGCCAGUUUCUUGCUCGGCGAGCCAAUUAUUUCACCUCUCAAACAUCAUCAAGACGUGAUUUUGGCCUCCGUUGUUUGGUAUUUGGUUUUCUAUUCACCCUUUGAUAUAAUCUUCAAAUUGGCCCAACUUUCACCAAUCAAAACCGGUCUGAUUGUGGUGAAAGAAAUCCAGAGGGCGCAUAAAAUCGCAGCCGGUAUCAAAUAUUCAGCCCGCCUUUAUCCUGAAUCAUAUCUGGUGCAGAUCUUUGUCGGUGUCUCGAAGGGUGCAGGUUCUGGCGUGGUGAAGAUUGUGGAGCAAUUGGUGCGCGGCUCGUGGAGCCCGGCGAAUCACGAGAUUUUGAAACCCUCCUUCACCACUAAGGCUUGUGUGAUUGCAUCGAUUGUUUUCACGUUGGAAAGGCAUAGUAUGUAUGUGACGGCGCCGCAUGAUUUGGUGUAUUUGGUGAGUUUUUUCACCAUUGCUCAUAUUAAUUUACCCCUAAUUAAUGUUUUAUUUAAAAAUACGAUGCUAAGCUAAAAUAUUAUGCAAAUUAAAAAUUGUGAGAAUAUCAGAUUUUUUUGAAACAGUGAAAAUUUUAGAUUCAAAAAUUUGAAAAAUAACCAGAUCAAGAAAAAUCCAAAAUUUUGAAAUUUCAUAAUUUUUUGAAACAGUAAAUUUUUCUAAAUUUUAGAAUGAAUCAAACUUUUUUUUCGUCACCCAAAAACUACAAUAUUAACUUGAAAAUCUCAAUUUUCAUAUCAUGCCACUCUGAAACAGUGAAAAAUUUUUGAAAAUUAAAUUUUCCCGCGUGACCUUGUGACGUGGCAAAAUGAAUUUCCGAAUUUUCGCUCAUUUCUAGUUCUAUUCAUUUUUGAAACUGGCUUUUUUGUUGAUUUUUCAUGUUAAACCAUUGCUCAUGUUUUAUUUCAAAAUACAAUGCUUAGCUAAAAUAUUAUGGGCCUAUGCAGAAUAAUAAUUUGUAAUAAAAAAACAUAAAAAAACAUUUUUUUCCUAUGCAGAAAAACGUCGAAAAAACAAAAUAUACAGUUUAUUAUUUUGAGUAGAGACAACGUGAAGUUGAGAGAGUGCAGAAAAAAAAAACCCAUUUUAUGUCUGCGCUCUCUCAAUUUCACGUUGUCUUUAUUUUGUUUUUUCGACGUUUUUCUGCAUAGGAAAAAAAUGUUUUUUUAUGUUUUUUUAUUACAAAAUAUUAUUCUGCAUAGGCCCAUUAUGCAAAUUAAAAAUUGUGAGAAUAUCAGAUUUUUUCGAAACAGUGAAAAUUUUAGCUCUUAAAAUUCGAAAUAAUAACCUGAUCAACAAAAUUCCAAAAUUUCAAAACUUUUAGAAACAGUGAAUUUUUCUAAAUUUUAGGAAGAAUCAAACUUUUUUUUCGUCACCUAAAAACUACAAUAUUAACUUGAAAAUCUCAAUUUUCAUAUCAUGCCACUCUGAAACAGUGAAAAAAUUUUGAAAAUUAAAUUUUCCCGCGUGACCUUGUGACGUGGCAAAAUGCAAUUUUCGAAUUUUCGCUCAUUUCUAGUUCUAUUCAUUUUUGAAACUGGCUUUUUUGUUGAUUUUUCAUGUUAAACCAUUGCUCAUGUUUUAUUUAAAAAUACAAUGCUUAGCUAAAAUAUUAUGCAAAUUAAAAAUUGUGAGAAUAUCAGAUUUUUUUGAAACAGUGAAAACUUUAGGUUCAAAAAUUUGAAAAAUAACCAGAUCAAGAAAAAUCCAAAAUUUUGAAAUUUCAAAAUUUUUUGAAACAGUAAAUUUUAGGAUGAAUCAAACUUUUUGUGGGGUCACUUAAAAAUGCAAUAUUAACUUGAAAAUCUCAAGUUUUCAUAUAAUUUCACUUUGAAGCAGUGAAAAAUUUUCAAAAUGUUGUCAUUUGAUUGAUUUUUGAUGAAAAAAUGUGAGAAAUUCGAAAUUUUGAGACAAUUUGCAAAACUGAUUCAAAAAUCUCAAGUUUUCAUAUAAUCCCUUCAUGAAACAGUGAAAAAUUAUGACUAAAAAUUUAAAAUUUUCCCCACGUGACCUUGUGACGUGGCAAAAUGCAUUUUCGCUCAUUUCUAGUUCUAUUCAUUUUUAAAAAUGGCUUUUUCUGUUGAAUUUUCAGUGAGUUGAAAAUUUUGCCACAGAAAAUCUAUGAACUCAAAUUUUGUUUUAUAAAGUUCUCGAACAACUCAAAAAAAACUCAAUUUUCUCAUAAUUUUUCAUUGAAACAGUGAAAAAAUCUUGAAUUCCAGAAUAAAUUUCACCUCAAAAAAAGAUGACAGAUUUUUGAUAAAAUAUAUAUUUUCUAGUAGUUUUCGACCCUAAAAUUGCACAACUAAACUCCUAAUAUGAGUUAUGACGUGGCAAAAUUCGAAAAUCCGGGAUUUCAGGGGCUGAAACCUGAAAAAGCAUCAAAAAUGAUUUUUUCCCAUGAAAAUCUGAGGUUUCUUCAGAAAGAUCGACUUUUCUGAAUAACUAAAAUCCCGAAUUUUGCCACGUCAUAACUCAUAUUUGGAGUUGCAAUUUUAGACAACUAGAAAACAUACUUAAUAUGAGCAAUAGGAAAAAUACAAAGAGUUACCCUAACUUUCCCCCGAUUUCCAGUGCGUUGUUGGUUUCUUCAUCUACUUCAAACUCGCCGCCAUUCUCUUCGGUGUUCAAGACGCACUUCUGCCCAUCGAAAAUGUGAUUUGCGCCAUUUUCAUGGGCGGAAUUUUCGACGCAUUCGCGAAAGCGGUGAACGCAACAAAACAGGCGGUGCGAAAUAAUCGAGUGAUGAGCGAAGAGGAGAUUUUGGCCAAAGAACGAGAGAAGGUUCAGAAGAGGAAGAAGACGCAGGCUGGAAAUCAGAUGAAUGGAGAUUCGAAGAAGAAUAAUUAG